GUGUGGAGGGGAUUCGUUUCGAUGGCGCUCGUGAGACGGAACUCAUACGCGUGAAAGGUCAGAACGCAAAACGUACUGUUGAAUUGAUACAAAGUGAUGAUUGUGGAAAAUUGCUCAAUUUAUUAAUUCACUGAUUUUCUGUUCAUCAUGGCGUUGAAAAGAAAUGUAGAUCCUGUUUUGGAAAAAUUGAGAAAUGAAGUAGAUGGCCCACCAAAUCUGGAUACUUUAGCUCUCAUUUCUCAACGCUUCGCUGCUAAUAUUCAUGCUGCUUUCCUCUUUGAAAAAGAGGGCAAAUUGGUGCUUCAUCAAUUGUGUUUGUUGCUUAGUGCGACUGCUAAUGGAAAAUUGUAUAGCGGCUGGAAAGAAUUCGGUGCACAAUUGGGUCUUUCCUUGGAACAAAUACAAUGCAUAGAUUACAAUUUCAAAGGACUGCAAGAUCCUACUUAUUACGUCUUGCUCGCAUACAUACAAUGGCCCGAAGCCACACUCGACAAAAUUAUAGUGGCUCUACAGAAAAUUGGGAGAUUGGAUAUUGUCAACAGGAUACACGAGAACAUGAGUAAAUUCAUUGAAUGUUUGGAUUUAAAGGACGACACUAAUGACGUACAGAAACCAAAAUAUAUUCCUAGAGCGCCGAUGGUUCUGAGUCCUAUGAUACAUACAAAGGAAGAAUUACAAACGAGAUCCUAUGGAUGUGGGAAUAGCUCUGAGGCAUCUCCAAAUUCUGAGACUCACAAAAUGAAGAAAUCUUCACCAUAUUAUGGGAGUAUAGUUAUGCUGACUUACGCGCAUGAUGGAGCAAUUGUAGCAAAAAAUAUAGCCAAAAUAUUCAGAGCAACAGAACCAAAAAUUGGUGUCGUCAUUCUCGAAGAACAAGAAAAAUACGUAUACAGCAGAGCAGAGGAAUUUGUUGAUGAUUGUUUCAAACAAGUGAACUACAUCGUUCCAAUAUUGACCAGUGGAUAUGUCAAAAGUUUGAAUCAACAACCAGACAUCGAGCUAGAAAAUAGAUGUCUAGACACAAAAUAUUUGAAAUACAUUUAUUCCCUGAUGCGAUUUGAGUACGCAAAAAAUAGUUGUUGUAACAAUAGAGUCAGAUGCAUAGUGCCGGAAAGUGAGGUAUCAACUGUGCUCAAAUCGGAUUUACAUCCAAUACUUCAAGCAUGGUUCCGAGAAGCAGAUAUCGAAGCUUUCACAGAGAAUAUAUUGUUAAGGAAAAUCUGACUUUUUAGUUAUUAAUAAAGUAUUGAUUGAAUAAAAAAAAAACAGGUACCAA